GAUCCGCGUGCGCCGCGCCGGGGCUGGCGGAGCUGCUGGGUUCUUUCGUCUGGGCCCCGGAAUACGACUCUCGGGUCAGUAAGGGGCUGAUGGAACAGUCUGGGAACGGGGGCGAGCUGGGGCUGCUUGCGUGAACUUGUGCUCCGGAAUUGCCACUUUGUUGAACUGACUGGAGUCCAGUGUACAUAGAAAGUGGAGCAUUAAGAUUGUCUUGUUUUUGGAUGAUCAAAACAAGCACCAGGCAAUGGGGAAGAACAAAGGGAAAGGACAGAAGACCAAGAAUGUAUUUCAUAUUGCCAGCAAGAAUUUGAAGGUUAAAAAUAAAGCAAAACCAGUCACCACAAAUCUUAAGAAGAUUAACAUUAUGAAUGAAGAAAAACGUAGAACUGCAAAUAAGACAUUGAUAGAUAUCCAAAAAGAGCUUGCACAGUUCUCAAAAAGGCUUUCACUUGAACCGCUGACAGAUCACCUGAUUUCUCAGCGCUCUGAACGUGAAACAAUUACUGUGGAGGAUGCUACAAGAUUAAUGGCUCAGUUGUAAUAUAUAUUGGAAGUAUUUGGAUUCUAAAAAAUGGACCAACAAAA